AUGUCGAAGGACCAGAACAACAACCUCGGGCAGUACAAGUAUGCGGCCAUGUCGAAUUUGGUCCUGCAGGCCGACAGGCGUCUCAUGUCGCGUCGGCCGGAUGAGCAUACUGGCGAUCCUGAAUCGCUCGCAGGUCGCAUCAACAUUAAGGACAUGGGUGGACGCACAGCCCGCGACAGCGCAAACGCGCAAGUGAAGAAGCUCAAGGGACCCGGCGUUGAGCGAGGAAACUUGAGCGAGGGCGGCGACGUUCUAGAAAGAGAGCAGCGCAAGAGGAAACGGGAUGACGGUACCAGCGGUUUUUCAGCCACUGCGACUGCCGACCUCAAUAUCGAAGGGCUCACAUACAAGCCUCGGACUCCUGCGACGCGCCAGACUUUCGAUCUCAUUACAACCAUCGUGAGCAGAUCCCUCGGCGACGUUGAUCCUGCGACUACUCGGAGUGCGGCCGAUGCGGUUCUCGAAUAUCUUAAGGAUGACACCAUGAAGGACUUUGACAAGAAGAAGGAGGUGGACGAUCUUCUUGGCACUUCAAUGGGCGCAAAGGAAUUCAACGAGCUGAUGAAUCUUGGCAAGAAGAUUACCGACUACGAUGCGCAGGACGACGAGGAAGGUGGCGACGAGGAGAUGGCAGAUGGCGACGGCGCGGACACUGGCGACAACCAGGGUGUAGCUGUCGUAUUCGACGACGAAGAGGAGGACGAAGACGCGCCCCAGACAUUCGAAGUGCGAGAUGCCGAUACCUCGGAUGAAGAAGACGAAGCAGAGGCUCCCGUAGAGCAGAUUGGUGAGGACCAAGAUCAAAAAGGUGGAGGCUUCGCAGAAACCGAGGAGACGAUAAUACAGGGCGACACGGCCACCUCAGACCGCAAAAACGGCGCAGACCAACUUAUACCCGCACACGAAAUCGAUGCGUACUGGCUACAACGGCAGAUUGGACAAAUAUACGAAGAUGCGCAUAUCCAGCAAGAAAAGACACAGGACGCCCUCAAGUUUCUCGCAGGCGUCUCAGAGGAUGGUGAGGAGAAGGAGCUCCGUGAGAUUGAGAAUGAUCUGAUGGACCUUUUCGACUACGAACAUCACGAGCUGGUUGCGAAACUCGUUCUCAACCGCGAUAGGGUCGUCUGGGUAACGAGGUGGCGAAGGGCGGCCGAAGACAAUGAUGAGCGAACAGCUGUUGAGCGGGAGAUGAAAGCUGCCGGUCAGCAACGGAUCCUACAAGAGCUGCGCGCAAGAGAGACUGGCAUCAAGGCUGAGGAUGGAGCUGACGCGGGCACUGGAAAGAUGAAGUUUAACCUACAGGACAUCAGCCUUCCAGAUGCUUCAAACGACGUGGAGAUGGCCGAUGCAAAACCGGAGGGUAUCGUGGGUGGCCUGCAACCAUCGAGCCGACUCGUAAAUCUGGACAACAUCGUGUUCGACCAGGGCAAUCAUCUCAUGACGAACGCAAGCGUAAAGCUGCCUCAGGGAUCCACACGGCGUCAAUUCAAGGGCUAUGAGGAGAUCCACGUGCCCGCGCCGAAAGCGAAGCGCGACCCCAACGAGCCUGCACUGAUGCCUACUUCUGAGCUACCAGAUUGGGCGCGGCCAGGUUUCGGUAACUCGAAAUCGCUCAACCGCAUCCAAACGAAGUGCUUCCCGACAGCAUUCAACGACGACGGAAAUAUGUUGAUUUGCGCUCCCACUGGUUCCGGAAAGACCAACGUCGCUAUGUUGACAAUGCUCCGCGAGAUUGGCAAGCACCGAAAUCCCACGACUGGAGAGAUUGCCCUUGACGACUUCAAGAUCAUCUACAUUGCUCCACUCAAGGCUCUUGUAGCUGAACAAGUCGGUAACUUUGGCAAGCGUCUGGAGCCUUACGGCAUCAAGGUCUCUGAGCUUACUGGUGAUCGCCAACUUACCAAGCAGCAGAUUGCGGAAACUCAGAUCAUCGUCACCACUCCUGAGAAGUACGACGUCAUCACCCGCAAGGCUACUGACACCAGCUACAUCAACCUCGUUCGCCUUAUUUGUAUCGAUGAAAUCCAUCUUCUCCACGAUGACCGUGGUCCAGUCAUUGAAAGCAUCGUUAGCAGAACUCUGCGACGCAGCGAGCAGACUGGUGAUCAUGUGCGCAUUGUCGGAUUGAGUGCAACCCUUCCCAACUACCGCGAUGUUGCAAGCUUCCUGCGUAUCGACCCAGACAAGGGUCUCUUCCACUUCGACGCUACUUUCCGACCGUGUCCAUUGAAGCAGGAAUUCAUCGGUGUCACAGACAAGAAAGCCAUUAAGCAACUGAAGACCAUGAACGACGUUUGCUACACCAAGGUUCUGGAACAGGUCGGUGAGCAUCGUAAUCAGAUGCUUAUCUUCGUACACUCCCGAAAGGAAACUGCGAAGACUGCCAAGUACAUCCGUGACAAGGCACUCGAAGAAGAGUCUAUAGGCAAGAUUCUUCGAUCAGAUGCUGCCAGUCGGGAGAUCUUGAGAGAAGAAUCCGAGUCGGUUCAGAACACAGACCUGAAGGACCUCAUGCCUUACGGCUUCGGUAUUCAUCAUGCUGGUAUGUCGCGAGCAGACCGUACUUCCGUAGAAGAUCUGUUUGCCGAUGGCUCUAUUCAAGUUCUCGUGUGCACAGCAACAUUAGCCUGGGGUGUCAAUUUGCCCGCGCAUACCGUCAUCAUCAAGGGAACGCAGAUCUACUCCCCUGAGAAGGGUAGCUGGGUCGAACUCAGUCCUCAGGAUGUUCUCCAGAUGUUGGGUCGUGCCGGUCGACCUCAAUACGAUACUUAUGGAGAGGGUAUCAUCAUUACCACACAGUCUGAGAUUCAGUACUACUUAUCAUUACUCAACCAACAGUUGCCCAUUGAGUCGCAGUUCAUAAGCAAGCUCGCAGACAACCUCAACGCCGAGGUCGUUCUUGGUAACGUGCGCAACAGAGAUGAGGCGGUUGACUGGCUUGGUUAUACAUACCUCUUCGUCCGAAUGCUUCGAUCGCCAGCUCUGUAUCGGGUUGGAGCAGAAUACGAAAACGACACUGUUCUGGAGCAAAGACGAGUGGAUCUUGUUCACGCUGCUGCGCACGUUCUAGAGAAGUGCAGUCUCAUUAAGUACGACAGGAAGACCGGUGCGCUCAACCCGACCGAGCUUGGAAGAAUUGCCUCGCACUACUACAUCACACACAAUUCGAUGGCAACAUACAACAUGCACAUACAGCCAGGUAUCAGCGCUAUCGAGCUAUUCCGAGUCUUCGCUUUAAGUGAAGAAUUCAAGUACAUCCCCGUACGCCAGGAUGAGAAGCUCGAACUUGCGAAGUUGCUCGGAAAAGUUCCGAUCCCCGUCAAGGAGGGUGUGGAAGAGGCCCAAGCCAAGAUCAACGUCCUUCUUCAAGCUUAUAUCUCUCGCCUCAAGCUCGAGGGAUUGGCGCUGAUGGCUGACCUGGUCUACGUCACCCAGUCGGCUGGGCGUAUUCUUCGCGCUAUCUUCGAGAUCUGUCUCAAGAAGGGCUGGUCACAAGUUGCAAAGCUCGCUCUCGACAUGUGCAAGAUGGCUGAGAAACGUAUGUGGCCAACCAUGACGCCUCUCCGCCAGUUCCCCACCUGCCCCCGCGAUAUUGUGCAGAAAGCUGAGCGUAUCGAUGUCAGCUGGUCGAGCUACUUCGGCCUUGAUCCGCCUAGCAUGGGUGAGCUCUUGGGUAUGCCCAAGGCUGGCAAACUCGUCUGUGGUUUAGUGGAGAAGUUCCCACGCCUACAGAUCGAAGCAACACCGCGACCGGUGACAAGGUCAUUACUCCGUCUGGAGCUCACCAUCCGACCUGACUUUGUUUGGGACACAGAGCUCCAUGGAGCCUCGGAAGCAUUCUGGAUUCUAGUCGAAGACUGUGACGGCGAGCAAGUAUUGUUCCACGACACGUUCAUCCUUCGACGGGACUACUCUGAUGGCGACGCCAACGAACACCUGAUGGAGGUGACAGUGCCCAUUGACGAGCCCAUGCCACCGAACUACUUCAUCACCGUCCUCUCCGACCGAUGGAUGGCAUCUGAGACCAAGCUUGCCGUCUCUUUCCAGAAGCUGAUUUUGCCAGCAAAGUUUCCUGCUCAUACCCCCGUUCUGGAUCUGCAACCUUUGCCUGUUUCUGCCCUGAAGAGGAAGGAAUACAUGGGCUUGUACGAGAACAUCGGGCGCUUCAACAAGGUUCAGACACAGACUUUCAACACCUUGUAUACAACGGAUGACAAUGCCCUUGUUGGCGCAUCGGCAGGUAUUGGCAAGACUAUUUGUGCCGAAUUCGCCAUCUUGAGACACUGGGCCACCAACAACGAAGGUCGCAUUGUCUACCUUGCGCCAUUCCAGGAGCUCGUCGACAACCAGUACAAGAACUGGAACGAACGGUUAACAGGUCUCAGUGGAGGAAAGGACAUCGUCAAGCUCACUGGCGAAACCACAGCAGACCUCCGGUUGCUUGAGAAGGGUGAUCUCAUCCUGGCUACACCUUCUCAAUGGGAUUCACUUUCCCGCCAGUGGCAGCGCCGCAAGAAUGUUCAGUCUGUUGCUCUGAUGAUUGCCGACGAGCUGCACAUGCUUGGUGGCACGAAUGGUCACGUCUACGAAAUCGUCGUCUCUCGUAUGCAGGCGAUGGCGACACAGCUAGAGUCGAAGCUGCGUAUCAUCGGAUUGAGCGUGUCUUUGUCCAAUGCACGAGACAUCGGAGAAUGGAUUGGUGCGACCAAGCACACCAUCUACAACUUCAGCUCGGCUAUCCGGGCAGUACCGCUUGAGUUGAAGAUCCAGUCUUUUACUAUUCCCCAUUUCCCAUCCUUGAUGAUGGCUAUGGCCAGACCGACCUACUCUGCCAUCACACAGAUGUCUCCGGACAAGCCGGCCAUGGUCUUCGUUCCGAACAGGAAGCAAGCCCGAAACUCCGCUGCUGAUCUCUUCAACGCUUGUGUAGCCGACGAGAAUGAGGAUCGUUUCCUCAACGUUGAAGUUACUGAGAUUCAGCCCAUCCUUGAGAAAAUCAACGAGCAAGCCCUUGCUACAUCCCUGUCUCAUGGUAUCGGAUACUUCCACGAAGCUCUCAACUCCUUCGACAAGAAGGCUGUCCAGCAUCUAUUCAAGGUUGGCGCUAUUCAGGUACUCAUUGUAUCGCGUGACUCUUGCUGGGAGAUCGAUAGCAGUGCUCAUCUCGUCGUUGUUCAAGGCACUCAGUUCUACGAGGGCCGCGAACAUCGGUACGUCGACUACCCCAUCAGUGACAUCCUGCAAAUGUUCGGCAAAGCCGGCAGAGUAGGACUGGACAAGUCAGCAAAGGGUGUGCUUAUGCUACCUGCGGUGAAGCGAGAGUACUACAAGAAGUUUCUGAAUGAGGCUCUGCCGAUUGAGAGUUAUCUCCCCGACUACCUUCACGACGCUUUCGUUGCCGAGAUCAGCGCGAAGACGAUUGAAUCGACACAGGAAGCCGUCGAUUGGUCAACAUACACAUACUUCUACCGCCGCCUACUCGCCAACCCUAGCUACUACAACCUUCACGACACAUCGCACGAGGGAUUGAGCGCGCAUCUGUCCGACAUGGUUGAGCAGACCCUGAAGGAGUUGACCGAUGCGAAUCUGAUCGAGCAUGACGAAGACGAGGAUGCUAUCACGCCACUGAACCCAUGCAUGAUCGCAGCGUACUACAACAUCUCGUUCAUCACUAUGCAAACCCUGAUGAUGUCGCUCAACGGCAGGACGAGUCUGAAGGGUGUACUGGAGAUCAUCACAGCCGCCACUGAAUUUGAAGACAUUCAAAUACGGAGACAUGAAGACCACAUCCUCCAGCGCAUCUACGAUCGCGUUCCGUUCAAGAUGCAGGAGCCCAACUUCGAGACGCCACAUUUCAAGGCUUUCGUUCUUCUUCAGGCUCACUUUUCACGCAUGCAGCUCCCCAUCGAUCUGGCCAAGGAUCAAGAAGUUGUCCUGCGAAAGGUCCUCAAUAUCCUCAGCGCCAGUGUCGACGUUCUCUCAUCCGAGGCUCAUCUCAACGCAAUGUCUGCCAUGGAACUUUCCCAAAUGGUUGUUCAAGCCAUGUGGCAGAAGGAUUCUCCUCUUAAGCAAAUUCCCCACUUUGACGCCGACACCGUCAAGGCAGCGCAAAAGUUCGGCAUCAAUGACGUUGAUGACUUCAUCAACGCCAUGGAUGAAGACGAAAACCCAGACUACAAGAAGCUCAUCUCCGCGCUCGACGUCGACCAACGCCAGCUCGCCGAUAUCGCAAACUUCACAAACAACUUCUACCCCAACAUCGAGAUCGAGCACGAACUCGUCGAUCCCGAAUCCAUCGCCUCUAACUCACCCGCCCAACUCAAGGUGCGCAUCACCCGCAACAUUGAGGAGGACGAGGAACCCAAGAUGGAGGUCCACGCACCGUUCUACCCUGCCGACAAGACGGAGAGCUGGUGGUUGGUGGUUGGAGAUCAGAAAGAACGCACGCUGCUUGCCAUCAAGAAGGUGCCUAUUCUGAGGAAACUGGAGACUGUACUUGAGUUUACGCUCGAGAAGCCGGGUCACCAUGAGUUGACGUGCUUCCUGGUCAGUGAUAGUUAUCUUGGCGUGGACCAGGCGCCUAGCUUCCAGGUUGAGGCUGCGGAGGGUAUGGAGGAGGAUAGUGAGGAGGAAGAAGAGGAGUAG